AUGGAAAGAUCUAGAGCGUGUAAAGCAACGACGAAUACAUCUUUACCGCGGGACAGGUAAUAGAUCACUUGUAAUAGCUGUUAUCGUAAUUGAAUACGCCACUGCGGCGAACCAGCGGUAUCUCAAUGGAAGUACGCACGAAAACGAGGCUAAAGGGUAAAGAAAACACAAAACAUGACCCUAUAGCCUCGUCUUGAUGUUAAAAUAAUGCAGAUACCGCUGAUCCGUAGCAUAGACGUAUUCAAUUACGAUAACAGCUAUUGCUCAAACUUUGGCACAAAAAAAUAUUUACACAUUUCCAUGGCAAACUUAACGGCAUCAACAAAUUUUCUGCCAAAAAUACGGAGAAAUUUCUCCCUCCUCGGCCUGAAGAGUGUCUGGGACUGGACUAGGCCUUAUUCGGACAUAUCUCUAGGUCUAUAGUGACGUAUUUAUUUAACUUAAUAAACCGUUUGCAAAUAUUUAUCCGAUCUACAAGUAGGAAUGGAAAUUUUUAACGAGAAGAAUUACGAUAUCAGUGGGAAAAUAACUCUUCCACAAGUGGAAAAAUUGACUAUAAUUAUGCGUUCAGUUGUGUUCAAUUUCAUCUUUUGUGAUAUAUUCUAGAAAUUAAGUAUUUUAGCAAAAACAAAAAGCGGUUAUUACAUGCACCCUUUGCUCUUCAUUGGCAUUAAGACUACUCAGGUACAUUAAUGUCAGGGUCUCAGGUUGUGUAUUUAGCGAAAAUAGACAAAAAAUCAUAAAAAAAUAAGUAUGGCUUUGAUUAUUACAUAGUCACUCAAGGGGAUGGUCUGGAGAAAGGUCUCAGAUUGGCCGUGGUUCCUCAAAGAAUUAUUCUACAAUUGGUCCCAGUGGUGACAUCAGGGACAAAGAUGGUGAAACUCGGAUAAAAAAUCAAUAUAUUGUCUUGAGUGAUGAUAUCGACAACAGUGAAGCUAGUGAGGACGACAGCGUCAUCUUAAAGUCUACACAGGCUCCCCAGAAUAAAGAAAUCCAGGACACUGGCAAAGAACGACCCAAAGAUCCAAAACAUGGCUGUGUUGCUGAAAUUCCUAACACGACAAAAACAAAAGAGAAAUUAAGCCUUCAACAAAAGGGCUUUGGUAAGAAUCAAAUGAGCGAAUCUGAUGACAAAGCUGCUCAAUCGAAAGCCAACAAGCAGAGGUCACAGCAGAUUAACCAGGAACAAAAGAAGAAUAAGAAUAAGAAACAAAAGGGGAAGAAUAACGAACAAAAGGCAAAGGAAAACGAGCAAACGAGAGAAGCGCAUAAGGCAAGUGAGGAAAUAACAGCAGAAAGACAACGCACUAAAGAAACGGUCGUUAUAGCUGGAGAUUCGAUUAUAAAAUAUGUAAAAGGUUGGGAAGUAUCCAACACUGACAGAAACGUAAUAGUUAAGUCUUUCUCAGGUGCAACAGUUAAUGAUAUGUCUGAUUUCUUAAAGCCCACUGCACGAAAGCAACCCGAUAAGCUCAGUAUCCAUGCAGGCACAAACGACAUACGCUAUUCAAGUCCUAAAGAAAUUGCAAAGAAAAUUAUCGAGUUAGCAGAGAAUUUUAAAAAGGAUUGCAAUGAUACUGAAGUCAUCAUCUCUUCUUUAGUCACUAGAUGCGAUAGAGAGGAACUUACAACGAAGGUAAAUGAAACUAACAAUAUAUUAAAGUCAAGCUGCUUGAAGAAAAAGCUUGCAUUUUUAGACAAUAGUAAUAUUAGUCGCUCUCAUUUAAAUAGUAGAGGACUGCAUUUAAACCGAGAAGGUAGCUCUUUGCUUCAGGCAAACUUUUCACAUUUCUUAAGUUCGCAUAAUUGAAAUGAGGACGGGUCGAGGAGGAGUGCUAAUGAUGCCUGUUUAAAUAUUCCGAAAACAAGGGGUUUUAAGAUGGCUAUUCUUAAUGUAGUUAGCCUUCCGAAACACCUUGAUGAAAUCCGAUUAUUACUUCACGAUAAAUAUUUAGAUGUUUUAGCAGUUAAUGAAACCCGUUUGGACUCCACUAUUUCCGAUGGGAUUGUUAGCAUUGAAGGUUAUGACUUGCUACGUGCUGAUCGGAAUAGAAAUGGAGGAGGGGUAUGUAUUUAUAUAAGACGCCAUAUAAAUUAUGAAAAUCGCCCUGAUCUAGUUCCAACAGACCUUGAAGCUGUCUGUGUGGAAAUUAAGCAGGCUAAUAGUCAAUCUUUUAUAGUUUCAAGUAUUUAUAGACCACCAUGUUCCGCUAGUGAAGUGUUUAUAAAAAUUGAGAGGCUAAUCAAAUCAAUUGAUGAUGAAAAUAUAGAAUUUUAUAUUUUGGGAGAUUUAAAUUGUAAUAUGCUAGAACCAACUUUGUCCACCACUAGAAAGCUUCAAGACGUUUUGGAAUUAUAUCAGCUUACACAAUUAAUUAAUAACCCUACGCGUAUUACCCAGUCUAGCCAAUCAUUAUUGGAUGUAGUAAUUGCGUCAAUGCCUGAAAAAAUAAUUUUUUCAGGUGUAGUCCAUCUCGGAAUUAGUGAUCACAGCCUCAUUUAUAGUAUUCGGAAAAUAAGUACAAGAAUAAAAUCUGAUUUACAAGGUUCUGUCGAGUAUAGAAAUUUUAAGAAUUUCAAUGUUUCAGGCUUUCUAUAUGACUUACAAAAUAUACCCUGGGAAGAAAUAAGAUUUAAAAGAAAUGUAGAUGAAAUGUGGCGGUUAUGGAAAACAUUUUUUGUAGAUGUGCUGGAUAAACAUGCCCCUGUGAGAGUAAAAAGAUUAAGAAAAGGGGGCAAUAUUCCUUGGGUAAGCCGGGAAGUAAAGGAAAAAUUAUUUAAAAGAGAUGCUCUUAAGCGUAAAAGCAAUAAAGACAAAAAAAGAAGAAGACUGGAGACUAUAUAAGUCAACUAGAAAUGUUGCCAACACUGCUUUGCGUAGUGCUAAAAGAGAUUAUUAUGCAAACAAAUUUACAAAUAAUAAACAGAAUCCUAAAUAUACUUGGAGAACAAUAAACGAUAUAUUAGGUCAAAACAGAAAACAGACUACGAUUAAUGAAAUCAAACUUCCAGGUAAAACUGUUACAUCGACCGACGAAUUAGUCGACAUUUUUAAUGAUCAUUUUAGUAAUAUUGGCCCAAAGCUUGCUGAGUCUAUUCCAAAUGACAAUGACGUUAGUUUUCGAGAUUUUAUUACUCAACAAAAAUCUAAGACAAUUAAAGAACAGUUUUUCAUUUCGACCAGUGAGUGUAACAUUGGUUUACACUCUUCUAGUUAA